GGCACAGGCAAGUGCAGGCCCCAGUGAGCAUCAAAACCCUAAACACUCUAAAACCCUAAGCCAUUCGCUGUAUUGGAAAGCCACCCUUCCCGCAAAAGCAACACUCAGAGCUUCUCAUUCCUUCAUCAGCGAAAAAUCAUGCGUCCUCCAAGAGGCGGCGGUGGGUUUAGGGGCAGCCGCGGUGGUGGCGGCGGCUUUAGAGGCGGCCGCGGAGGAGGUGGCCGUGGUGGAGGUGGACGUGGCUACCGCGAUGAGGGUCCUCCUUCUGAAGUCGUAGAGGUUUCGACAUUUCUUCAUGCGUGUGAAGGUGACGCGGUCACAAAGCUCACAAAUGCGAAGAAGGUGCCCUAUUUUAAUGCCCCUAUCUAUCUGCAGAACAUGACUCAGAUAGGGAAGGUUGAUGAAAUAUUUGGUCCAAUCAAUGAAUCUUUAUUCUCGAUUAAAGUGAUGGAAGGCAUUGUGGCAACUUCAUAUUCACAGGGCGAUAAGUUCUAUAUUGACCCAGCAAAGCUUCUUCCUCUUGAAAGAUUUCUUCCACAGCCAAAGGGACAGAAACCAGCUUUUUCUCGAGGUGGAGGCCGUGGUGGAGGCAGAGGUGGUAGUUUUCGUGGUGGUGGCCGUGGAGGUGGUGGUUUUCGAGGAAGGGGUGCUCCAAGGGGCGGCAGAGGCCCCCCAAGGGGUGGUAGCCGUGGUGGUGGCUUCAGGGGCAGAGGGAGAUUUUAGAAUAGCAUUUUGUAAUGUUUCUAGUGCCCCCAUUUUGCGUGGUCAUUUCAGGAUGCGCAUUUGGGGCUCACAAAAAUCACCAUUAUAUGCUGAUUUUGGUGUUGACAUGUGGUUAAUGGAUUAUUUAUUUUACUGCGUAUUGUAGUUUUAUCCUAGCUGCAAUCUGGACUUGAGUGGAGAUUUAAUCAUAGAUGUUUAUUCUGAAUUUAUAAAAUCUGUUUUGAAAAA